GAUGGGUCUACCAGUACGUACGGCCACAGUCAGCUGAAAACUGGGCAUCCCGUCCGCUCUGCCAUACAUAAGCAGUUGAACGGCAGAUUAGUACUACGGUGGGUGACCACGUGGGAAUCCCUGCUGCUGUACGUUUUGUUUCGUGUUACGCAUAAUGAAAUGCAUCUUUCACCUGUCGGCAUUGACAUACUCAGCUGCUGCAAUAGUUUUUGGCCCAAGAUUGGAAGACAUUGCUCCGGGCAGCGAACCAGGCUCAGGAAUCGUGCGAGUUUCAUGCUUGAGAUUUUGUCCCGGCCUGCUGAAAGCCCCGUGGAACAAUGCGCCGUAGGUCUCCGGGCAUAG